AUGUCUACAAAUUUUGAUAAAGAAUCAGUUCACGGUUUUCCAGAAGAAGAUUUGAAUGAAUUGGUUCAAACUCCUCAGAAUGAAGAUAUACUUGAUAAAGGAUUUGAUGAAAAAACGGAAGUCGAUUCCAAUAGCUCAGAUUUCAAUGAACAAGAUGAAUGGAAAUACCCAGUUGACAAGGAAAAAAAUUUAAGAUUGGUUGUUUUUGUUAAAGGUGAUAAAUCUGAUCCCAAAAAUUUUUCAGAUGCAAGAAAAUGGGUUUUCACAUUCGUUUUGGGAUUUGUGUGUUUCGUCGUGGCUUUGGGUUCAGCCAUAGUAACAGGUGAUUUGGACACACCUGCUGCUUACUUCGGCGUUUCAGAGGAAGUAAUUAUCUUAGCAUCUGUAACUAUGUUCGUUAUUGGAUUUGGUGUUGGUCCAUUGGUAUUUGCACCUUUAAGUGAAGAAUUUGGUAGGAAGCCUAUAUAUGCUGUCACUUUAUUUGUUUCACUUAUAUUUAUCAUCCCUUGUGGUUUGGCGAAAAACAUUGGUACACUUUUAAUUUGUAGGUUAAUUGAUGGUAUUGCAUUUUCUGCUCCGAUGUGUUUAAUUGGGGGGAGUUUGGCAGACAUCUGGGAAAGUGAAAAAAGGGGUUUGGCUAUGAGUGUUUUCAGUGCUGCUCCCUUUUUAGGUCCUGUUAUGGGACCAAUUUUUGGAGGAUUAUUGGCUGAUAAUGCCCCAACUUGGCGUUGGAUUUAUUGGUCUUUUUUGAUAAUAGCAGCUUUCAUGUACGUUUUGUUUAUGGCAGUAGUACCAGAAACUCAUGGAGCUACCAUUUUGAAUAAAAGAGCCAAAAAAUUAAUCAAACUUACAGGUGACAAGAGAUAUGUCACAUUGGCUAAAUUGAAGCACGAUUCAAUGGCUGCAGUGAUGAAACAAGCCAUGGUGAGACCUUUCAUUUUAGUGACAGAGGUCAUUGUUGCCUUAAUAACGCUUUAUAUGUCGGUUGUUUAUGGUUUGUUGUAUAUGUUCUUUUUUGCAUAUCCAAUCAUCUACAUGGAGGGAAAACAUUGGUCUGCUUCUAUGACAGGUGUGAUGUUUAUUCCAAUUGGAGUUGGAGUCAUAGUAACGAGUAUAAUUUCUAUUUACUUCAAUAGGGACUACAAUAAAAGAGCACAAAAAUAUAGAGAUAAUGGGGAGUUACCACCACCUGAAUUGAGAUUGAUUCCUAUGAUGAUUGGAUGCUGGUUGAUUCCUAUAGGUUUGUUUGCUGUGGCUUGGACCUCUUACCCAACAGUUUCCUGGGCUGGUCCUACCUUCUCUGGAUUCCUUUGUGGUAUGGGUUUUACAAUGCUUUACAAUCCUGCUAACAACUACAUCGUCGAUUCAUAUCUUCACUACGCUUCAUCAUGUUUGGCUGCGAAAACUUUUGUAAGAUCAAUCUGGGGUGCAUGUGUACCAUUGUUCACUAUUCAAAUGUACCAUAAAUUGGGAUACCAAUGGGCUACCUCAUUAAUGGCAUUUAUUGCACUUGCCUGUUGUGCUAUUCCUUAUUUGUUCUAUUAUUAUGGAGCAAGAAUUAGAGCUUACUCCAAGUAUGCUUAUUCAUUGGAAACUGUCACUCAUUAG